AAACAACCGGUUGAGUGUGUAAUUUCUUGAUACGGUAGGGACCAGCGGCCGCCAUGUUGAACAUCAUGAACAUUUCUGCCCAGUUUGGAUAGACACAUCUUAAACGUGAAAUGUGACUGAAACAGCUAGAAGGAUCAAGCCACAGGAUGGUCUGAUGUGACACUUUUUUUCUAAAUGAGCUGCAUCUUGGGAUUGGAAGAGCAUACCUUCUCCAUUGUGAUGGCAAAUCAAUGAGGUAGACAGUAACUCAUUCACAAUGUCCUCUCCGGAAGUCAACAUGAACGUUGGGAACGGAGAAGCGUCUGCCUCAGGGAAAGACUCAAAGGCAGACAGUGUCCAAGGCUCGAAAGAAAUCGUGACCAAAGAGGCAAAGCCAACAAGAAUAUCACCUAGAAAGAGCUAUAACGAAACCAGGAAGGAGAUUGCGACGUCCAGCGAAUCGGAAUCCAGCGACUCGGAAGAGUCCGAGUCGGGCUCGGAUGACGACCGGGUGUACUGCAAGUGCGGUGCCCCAAACACGGACGACAUGAUCGGAUGCGAUGGAAAGAAGUGCAAGUAUGAGUGGUUUCACUUUAAGUGCGUGGGCCUCAGCAAAAAGAAGGUGCCGCGGGGAAAGUGGUUCUGCGAGGCCUGCCGCCCGAUUAAAAAUGUUGCAGGGCUUGACGGAGAUUGGAAAUCUAAACUUCAGCAAGUUUGCUCGGAGAUCUUGGCCAAGAAGAUGACCAUCCAGUCCGCCUCCCAGGCCUAUGGCUUCUCCAUGGAAGCCAUCUCCAAGCAGCUCAACGUCAAACCCAUCUUGACUACGAACGAAGAGCAGAGGCUGGUGGAGAUGGCCAUCAACAUGUGCAAACAAGGCCAUUGGCCGAUGGUCAGGGAGAGUGUCGUCAACAGCGUCAAGGUCCUCCUGGACGUGGAGGAGAAGAUGGGCAUCAAGCGGCUGCAUCCUUUCAAGAACAACCUGCCACGGGAGGACUGGUGGGAGGCCUUCUGCAGACGCCAUCCUAAGAUAGAGGAGCUGAAGAAGCAGCACGAGUCCUCAAAGCUACCAAAGGGACAGAGCAAGAUGAAAGUGCGCCUGUCGGUCCAAGACACCAUCUCGAAGUUAUGCCGGGUUGUCCCGCAGGAUUCCAAAAAACCGAAACACACAGCUCUUCAGAUAACCUGGAAACACCAGAACAACAAUCUGAAGAAGACCCAUCAGAGUUCAGAUCUUAGCCCCAAGAAACGCCCUCGGGGGGUGGAGCCUAACGCCCUUGAGUGUCUGGAAGCUAUCAUCGUCAAGAAACAGAAACACUUGUUUGAGAAGCGGUUCAAGAGUGGUGAUGAGAGUGAUUCUGAUGUGGUGUACUCUGCCUGGAGAGCUCUUAAAUGCCUAUGUGAUGGUUCUCAGAAAAAGGAACAAGAUGGUCCAAAACGCCCGCAUGUACCAACCACUGAAGGCGACAUCCCACCCUGGUCCCCAUGUCCCAACGGUCCCUUCUACGUCCCGGACGAAUCCUGCAAGACGUCUUUGUCCCUGCUCGUCGGCAACCUAGGCAGGAAGCGCAGGAAGCGGGCACUGCUGCGCAUCACCUCGAUGAAGGCCAAGCGACGACGCGUCUACCUGGAGCCCUGGAGGUACCGGCUGGGUAAACACAGGAGAAGGGUCCUGAAACCCUGGAAGUUUGAGGUCAAGAAGCGGAACCGAAGGAAGUGCUUUGUCACGCGGCGAUUUGAGAACUAUCAGUGAGAGUGGACUGGUGACUCUUUGCGUCAGCUAUUCGUGGGUUCUGAGUCCCACCCAAGAAAACUUGUGAAAUUUGCUAACAAGCUUUUCUUUGACAGCACUGCAUAAACAGUGCUCAUAACGUAUGUCACUGAAGGGCAGAAUCCUUCAAAAUGAAAAAGUUAAAUCCCCGGACACAAGAAAAUUCACUCUUUCAGAUAUGACGUAUUGUAUUAUAUCAUGAAAAUACGAGUUUACUACCACGACCAUUUGUGGUCUUUAACGUGAAAUUCAACUUCUUACAUUGCCCAGGAUUUUAGUUUGUGUAAAAAAAGUUGGUCUGGUUGACACGUCACUGUGAUCCUCAAUCUCAUGCAUUGAAGGAAUUGGUAGAGAACAUGAAAUGUUGCUAAGUAAAGGAACACAUUUUCAGAUCCAAUCUGAAUAACCCAUUAUUAUGUUCCUUUAUGGGUUCUUCUUAAAAAGAUAUUUACUUAUUUGUGGAUUAGAUUAUUCAAUAUUUAAUUUAAUGUGAAUGCUUUUAAUCCAAUGGGUUAAAAAUAUCAUGGACGUAUACAUGUUUGUGUGUGAGGGCUGUGCACUUUUGGAUAAUUUUAGUAUUUGAAUAUGCAAACUUUGAUUUGAAUGAAUGUACUCCAUACACGCUAAUGAAGUUGUUUGAAUAUUUAUUGGAUAAUCAAAUAUUUGAAUGUCACCGCUAUACUACAAAGCAGAAAAGGUGUACGUUUUUUUGUGUUCAUGCAAAUUGGGCUGUUUCGCUGGCAAUCCCCCGCUUUUUUUGAUAUACAUAUAAUCUGCAAAUGCACAUACUUAACAUGGCAGUGAAAUGAUGAUUUUGGUUUUCUUGUCAUUUUGGAAAGCAUGAUGAAGGCCAGUAGAGUCGGCAAGAAGUUAAAAGAAAAAAAUGUUAAAUACUCGACUUGUGUGAGUCUGUCAUGUCAUCAAAAUGAUAUAUUUUCUUUAUGAACUGAACAGUGACAUUUCAUGAAUUAUUUGUGACAUUCAGAUAAACGUUGGUUGCACAAUGAAGAAUGUAAUGGUUUUUUAUUUUCAUCAUGAAGUGUUGAAUACUGUUUCCUCUUUUGUUCACAUUACGCCAAACAUCAGUUUGUGAUGUGACGCCUAUACACUUCAUACAAUUGCGGUGCAUUUCAUGGAUUUACCACAAGAACAUCCUUCCAGUUAUUAUAUGCAUUUGUAAAGUGAAAAGAAAGAUAGUAGGUAGAAUAAAUUUUAUUAAAUCGGUUGCAUGUUCAUUCAUAGAAGAUUUAUUUAAAAGUGAGGCCUGAGAAAUGCAUAAAAUUGCAGUGUGUAAGAAA